AUGGAGACGAAUGCCUGCAGUUCUGGUCCUCUGUUUGAGAAAAUCAUAAAGAAAUCAAAUCUUUAUAGAGCUUAUGUAUGCCUUCACUUCUUGCUUUUACUAUGUUUUCUAUCCUAUCGCUUACUGAAUCCUUUUCAUGAAUCUUUUGGGCUUUGGAUAGUAGCUUUUACAUGUGAGCUUUGGUUUGCUUUCAUGUGGACACUCCUUCACAACAUGGCAUGGAAGUUUGUUGAGUAUAAAACAUAUCCAGAGAGACUUGCAGAAAGAUAUAGUGGAGAAUCUGUUUCCAAGCUUCCUGCUGUGGAUGUAAUCAUCACUACAACAGAUCCCUUCAAGGAGCCUGCAUUAAUAACUGCCAAUGAAGUUCUUUCUGUUCUUGCACUUGAUUAUCCAGUUGAAAAAUUUGCUUGUUAUAUCUCAGAUGAUGGUUCCUCUCCCAUCACUUUCUAUUCUCUGGUAGAAACUUUGAGCUUUGCCAGAAAAUGGGUGCCCUUCUGCAGAAAGUUCAAACUACAGACCAGAGCCCCCUUUAUGUACUUCUCCAAAGAAAAAGAGUCCUCAUCCUGAUUUUGUCCGAGAAUGGCAAGC